AUGGAGGUCGCCGAACUCCAUCACCGGGUUCGUUUGUUGGUCCUGCAAUCCUUUGGUUUUUAGUUUUGACGAUUUGAGAAAAACUAAACGUUUAAUGGGUGGCCUGAAAAAUAAGGUUGUUUUACUAUGCGAUUGAGAGUUUCGUGAAAAUCGACCAGAAGGCUUCUGGAUGUACCAAAUGAAGAUUCUGAAGAUUUCAACGCACAACCUGGUUUUUGACAAAAGACACCUCUAAGUCAAAGAAAACUCUCAAAAUUUGUUAAAGAUGACCAUUUUUGGGCUUUGGGCCUUUAUUUUUAGAAAAAUGGAAAAUUAAGCAGACUAAACUUUUUAGGAAAUAUCUGCGACUUUAAGGAUUUUUUUUGCUUGUUUUUCAAGUUUCCCAAGCGCAAGGUAAAAUGACUCCCCUUGUAAGCCAUUUAGCAACGCAUUUUGACCAUUUCGAAGUAAUUGAGGAAUUUUAAGAAGGGAAGUAAUGACAAGAACACUUUUAUUAUAAUUCGGUGAUUCUCUGCUUUCUUUCAGAUAAAGAUAAUUUUUGAAAUUGAGUAAAUUUCUGGUGGUAUGAAAAAACCACCAGCGAAAAUUCAAACGGCGACUUUUCCGAUUUUUUCAUAUCGCUAGGGAACUUCCCGACGGCCACCUUUCCGACGGAUCCCUUUCCGACUUUUUUCCCUUAAGUUUUUCGGUUUAUAAAACAUCUAUAAACAUUGUUUUUUUUUCUAUUUCUUUGUGUUUUAAUCGUUAACCAACUACCUACUUUAUAUAGGGAGAUUUAACGAAAAGUUUAUCGAGAAAAAAAGUCGGAAAAAGAUUCGUCGGAAAGGUGGCCGUCGGAAAGUUCCCUAGCGAUAUGAAAAAAUCGGAAAAGUCGCCGUUUGAAUUUUCGCUGGUGUUUUUUUCAUACCACCAAAUUUCUAUAAACUUUCAUGUAUCCAUUUUGUUCAGUUUGAAUAUUUUGUUUGAAUACGAAAGUUUUUGACAGAAAAGAAAACUUUCCUAUUAUUAAAGUUAAAGAAAACUUAUUUUAUUUUUCUAGAUAAAAGCAUACCGGUUCGUGGCGUAUUCAGCGGUAACGUUCUCCGUCGUCGCCGUUCUCUCAGUAAGUCAAUUAUAAUAAUUAAUAACGUUGUAAUUGUUCUACGGUUCCACUUACCUUACCUAGGCGAUUAUUCUCACAUAACACUUUUGUAAAUGGUCUAGUUAAUAAUAUAAUAUGGGAUUGCUUGGUUUUAGUUAUAGCUCAUCCAUCCAUGGCUUCUGAGAAAAAUUGGGAACAAUUGAGAAAAACUUGAAAAGAGCCACCAUGGUUGAGACCUUCUCGCAUUUUUCCCAUUUUCAAAAAAAUGGCCUUUUUUGGUAUAAAAGAGAUUGUUAUUAAGGUAUGUUUGACCUUGCCGAUGCUGCAUCACUACGUCGGCCAUGUAAAAAGAGUCAUGCACAACGAGAUGAUCUUCUGCAGGGUUCCGGAUAGACUUUGAACCUUAGAUCAUAUCUUCGGCUUCAGGGAAACGCCAAGGACAUUUGGGCUGAAGUUCGAUCGUUGAAGACCGUCUCAGCGCCUCGCAACAGGACAGCUCGUCAAGCGGAGAGUUAUCUGGGCGGGGCGAGUGCUCCGAUCGUCGGCGGUACCUAUGGCACCUACGACGCCGGCGUCAAUGCCAACGUCCCGACCGGGGCGUCGGCUGGCGGUGGCGGCAGUCCCUGCGAAGCUUGCUGCAUGCCAGGACCCGCUGGUCCUGCUGGAGUACCCGGCAAUCCUGGAAGACCAGGAAAACCGGGGGCUCCUGGCCUGCCCGGAAAUCCAGGAAAGCCGCCGGUGCAGCCGUGUGAACCGAUCACACCGCCGCCAUGUAUGCCUUGUCCAGCUGGACCUCCUGGACCCCCAGGGCCAGUGGGACCGCCAGGAGAGCCUGGAAUCGACGGUAAAGACGGAUUGCCUGGCGAUGACGCGCCACCAGGCGAACCUGGUCCUAAAGGUAGAUUUUUGCAUGUUAUAAAAGAAUUUUAUUGAUGUCUGCGUUCUCACAGCUUGUGUGUCCCUGACUUCUUUCACAAACAUCCACGACAAUUUUUGAUACCAUAAUUGGAAUCAGCGUGAAAAAGUGUCUCUAAUGAACCUAGUCUCAUUCUCUUUUAUUCAAAUCUCCUUUUUCCUGAGAUUUGAGGCUUCAUAAUCACUUUUCAUCAAAGAUUAUAUUUUUAUUUAUGGACUGGAAAUGUUUAAAAAAAACUAUUUGAAGGUGAACCUGGAGAAACUGGGCCACCAGGACCGCCAGGAGAGCCUGGGACUCCUGGAAAAGACGCUCAAAGCGAACCGCUGGUUCCUGGAGAAGCCGGACCAGCUGGAGAGCCCGGACCGCCUGGACCAGCCGGACCUGACGGGGAACCUGGAUCGCCCGGUGGAGCCGGAGUACCUGGCCCGAAAGGACCGCCCGGAGCGCCUGGAGCUCCAGGACUCGACGGAAAGCCUGGGCCUGUUGGACCGAAUGGUACGCCUGGCGUCAAAGGCGAGAAGGGUAUCUGUCCGAAGUGAGUUAUGGAGAGUAAUUGAAAGAUUUAGAAAAAAGAAUUGCCACAGAAGUUCCGAUUCACAGAAAAGAACGUGUUUGAAAAUCAGUGAUGCACAAAUCUUAUUCUUUUUAUCCCAUUACAAUCAUGAUAAAAAUUUUAGAAAAAGAAGUUGGCCAGAAGUUGGGGUUAAGAAAUGAUACUUCCCUUUGUAAAACUUGAAAAAAAUUGCGAAAAAAAUUCGGAAAAAGUAUUUUUUUAGCAAUACAUUUUUUUCAAGGUAUAUGGCCCUGUUUCGUAAUUGAUAAACUGAAAAAAAUAUCUUUCUAGAAAAAGGUUUUUUUGUAUGCAAUGUUGGGCAUUUUUUUAAAAAUUUAAUUUAAUUUUUUUCAGGUACUGCGCCAUCGAUGGUGGCGUUUUCUUCGAAGAUGGAUCGCGACGAUAA